AUAACAAUAUUCUUUUCCAGGCGGGUAUGAAGCAGUAGAGCCGCGCCGCCCUUCGGAGCUCCGAAAAGCGGACUCCUCAUUCGUCCUCUGCCCGCCUCCUCCUGCUGGAGCUGGAGAGAUGCCCGGGGCAGGAUGUGCUCCAGCCGCAAGAUCCUGUGGAGCCUGCUCCUGCUGUCCGUGGUGGAGGUGGGCCUGGGUGUGGCGAGCAUCGUCCUGGGAGCCGUGGGCAUUAGCGGGGUCCAGGGCAAACCGCAGCAGGGCGACACGUCCCCGGUGUGGAGCGGACUCUGUUUUCUGGUCUGUGGGAUGUGUGGAGUGCUGUGUGCUCGAAAGAGGACAGGUCUUAUUAUGAUCCUAUUUUCAGCAUGCUGCAUCUGUGGUCUGAUCGGUGGAAUCCUCAACUUCCAGUUUGUUCGGGCGCUGAACAAACGACACGACUCCAUGCACUCGAUCCAUUUGGCUGCCAUGACUCUGGCCUGUCUGGGGAUCUCCUCCUGUACUUUAUCCACGUGGCUGACCUGUCGUCUGGCCAGCUCUGAGCAGCAGAGGAUGUUCCUGGAGCGGGAACACUCGUUGCACCACUCUCACGAGAUGACCGAGAAGGUAGGACAAGAGGAAAAAGAUGAGAUCCUGGACAACUCCAGUAAUGGCAUUCCUCAGAUUUCCUACAACGGACACACCACACCACCAUCACCAUGACGACGCAUCACCAAAGGCGACUUGCACAAACUUGAAACAGUGACAGUUCACGAAUUGCUUGCUGUCAGAAGAAAAUACAGCAUGUACUUACAUAUCUUGCGUCAUACACAGUAAGUAUAUCCUGACUGCAGGGAGUAAAACCAGGUUCUUUCGUCUUGGAGCACUUUUUCUUCACCGCUGUAUAAGAAAGACAUUCUGACAAACUGCUUCUGAAUAAUUAUGCAAACCAGGAUGGAGAGCUGCCAUUUGGUUGAUAAUUCAGGUGACAAACAUCUGUGUGACAUCAUCUGACCUUUAAACUAAUGAGCGGGAAAUGGAUAGAUUUUAUCCAAUCGGAUGCCUCAAAGUGAUGAGCACAAACCAAGCAUGCAGCUGAUUCACUUGUUUUGAAGAGCUACUGCUAUUUCAGUCUCAAUGUCCUUAUUCUUCUCUCUGUCUUGUUAUGGGUUUAUGGAAUGCAGUGUCAAGAUAGCCUACAGUAAACUGUACGUAUUGUCUGAUAAUGGAAUGCUUUGACAUGAAAAUACAGUGAUGCGCAAUGUACUGUACUGUAUAUCCAUGCUUGUAUAUCA